AUGCCUACGAAAUCCUACUUCGAAAAACUUCCACCAUUUCCGAAUGAUGUUCCAGUUGCUAAACUUCCCCGCAUCUCUUUUGCGAAGCUUCUAGAUAAUGAGACAGAAGAGUCGGAAGCAUUAUUUAGCGCUACUAGAAAAUUGGGAUUCUUUAUGCUUGACUUCCAGGACUGUGCCGAAGGACAGUCAUUCCUUGAGAAAUCAGAGACUAUGUUCGAGAUUAACAAAAAGAUCUGUGAGAUGGACAUUGGUGACUUAGCGCAAUAUGCUUAUCAUCCGCCUCAUUCUCUUUUCGGGUACAAGAAACUAGGCGACAUCAAGAUUAAAGACGGUAGACCAGAUCGGUUGACAUUCUACAACAUCAGCCAAGACGACAUGACAGGAAUUGCGAAGCCAAUGUCCCAUCCACCAUGUGUUGAGUCUCAUCGUGCCGAUGUCUGGGAUUUUAUGAAUCAAGCACAUUCGAUUAUCGAACUUAUCUGCUCUCACCUUGAUACUCAAUUGCGUCUUCCACUAGGUACACUUGCCUCAAUGCAGCCAAUGAGCUUACCAUCCGGAACUGCUCUUCGCUUGCUUCAAUAUCCACCACAGCCAGAAAGUGAUCGAAGGACCAGCUUGCUCGGUCAUACUGACAUUAGAACGUUGACAAUUCUUUUCAAUCUCACUGGUGGCUUUCAGAUUUUGCUUCCUGGAAGAGACGCUACUGAUAAUUCUGCGUGGAUGUAUGUCAAGCCUGAACCCGGAUACGCGAUCAUCAAUCUUGGAGAUGCCAUGGUCGAAUGGAGUGGCGGGAUUCUCAGGAGUAACAUGCAUCGUGUGACUUUUGCUCCAGGUGAGCAAAGCAAGCUUCCACGAUACAGUCUAGCUUAUCUGGUGAGACCGGAUGGCGACGCACCAAUGAAAAGACUUGGUGGCGAGGGAAGCUUAAUUCCGCAAGCGGAAGGUGGAGGAGAGGAAGACACAAUGACUGCAAGGGAGCGGGAGGUUCAUAAAUCUAUUGCUAUUCAAUCUGGGAAAGAUAAUGCGCGUAGCAGAGGUGGCAUUGAAAUAUAG